UUGUUUUUCUGUUUCGUAGCGGUGUGAGCUUGAUUGUCUAGCGAAAUGCAGCUUUCUCGGGAUGAGAUUUGCUGCGUUUCGUAAAUGUGUGAUACGCGACCCGUUAAUCUUGUGAUACUUCCUGUAUAGUCUCGUCGCACUUCGAAGAACCUCACAGCUGUUAUCAUGAGCUUCUUUUUUGGAAGUAAGAGUGCAAAAACUUUCAAGCCAAAGAAGCAUAUCCCCGAAGGCACGCACCAAUACGACCUGAUGAAACAUGCUGCUGCGACGCUAGGAUCGGGGAAUCUUCGUCAAGCCGUCAUGUUGCCUGAAGGGGAAGACUUGAAUGAAUGGGUAGCAGUGAACACGGUUGAUUUCUUCAACCAAAUUAACUUGCUGUACGGCACAGUAACGGAAUUCUGCACAAUAGACGCGUGUCCUGUGAUGUCCGCGGGUCCUAAAUACGAGUAUCAUUGGGCUGACGGACAAACAGUGAAGAAGCCGAUUAAAUGCACUGCGCCUCGUUACAUAGACUAUCUCAUGACCUGGGUACAAGAUCAGUUGGAUGACGAAAACGUCUUUCCAUCGAAAAUCGGUGUGCCUUUUCCGAAGAAUUUCUUGAACCUCGCCAAAACCAUCCUGAAGCGCUUGUUCCGGGUAUACGCGCACAUCUACCAUCAGCACUUCGAGCAAGUGGUGCAGCUGGGGGAAGAAGCUCACUUGAACACGUCCUUCAAACAUUUCAUUUUCUUUGUUCUCGAGUUCAACUUGAUUGACAAAAAGGAACUGGCUCCGUUGCAGGAGUUCAUUGAGCGACUCCGGAUGUUCCGAGGGAUGGAAGAAGAUGAAGAGGAAGAGAAAUUGUCGAGAGCCUCGUUGGUAACGCUGCCUUGGGAAGACGUGGUUUUCGCGUACAUAUUUUGCGCACUGGAUUUCAAGGACUUGUUUUGUCUGAGGCAAACGUGCAAGACUGUGAUGAAAAUGGUGGACGAGUACUUUUCUGUGUCGCCGGUUGUGGACUUGUCUCGGGUCGCUGCCAAGAUCCCAAGGGAUGUAGGUCUAAAUGUGUUGGUUCAUUGCACGGUUUUACGAAAGCUGAACCUGGCCAACUGCAGAUGGGUUCGAGAUGAAGACAUGAAGCCGUUGUUUGCGCAGAACCCGCAUUUGAUAAGUGUUGAUCUCUCUGGAUGUUCUGGACUGACGGAUAAGAGCAUUAUCAUGCUCGCCCUCAAAUGCAAGGAGCUGAAAAUAUUGAACAUGACCAUGUGUGUGUGGUUGAGUCCACACGGUGUGGAAACACUAGCCUUGCAUUUACGGAAUCUGGAACGAGCGGAUUUCUCGUCGUGCUGGGAAGUGAACAACGCAUCCAUCAUGAAACUCGUGUUCAAGAACCCGAGGCUGAAAUCCCUGCACUUGACCAACAUUUAUGGCCUCACUGACCAACUCAUGUCUGCGAUUGCAGCUGUAUCUUCUCAGCUAGUCGAACUGUCGGUUUCUGGUUGUUGGAGGAUCAGUGACCACGGAAUCCGUUUGGUGGGUGAGCACUGCAGAAACUUGAAGCAGCUGUACGUGUUCGACUGCAGAGAAAUAACCGAGAGAAGUUUGGCACCACUGCGAACGAGGAUGAUGAUUGAUCGACCCGUUAUCAACAUCCCACCUUAUGCAAAAGAGUCUUUGAUGGACAAGCAUGGCUUCAUUUCCUUGCGCAAGGAAGUGAUGCAGCGGACUCGAAGUCGACUCCCAUGA